ACUUGUUUAUAGGUGAGGUGUGUACUUGUUUAUAGGUGAGAUGUGUACUUGUUUACAGGUGAGGUGUGUACUUGUUUACAGGUGAGGUGUGUACUUGUUUACAGGUGAGGUGUGUACUUGUUUACAGGUGAGGUGUGUACUUGUUUACAGGUGAGAUGGGCUGUCUGGGAGGGAAGACGGAGGAAGAACGACUGGAUGAAAAAGCAAAGAGAGAAGCAAACAAGAAGAUUGAGAGACAACUUCAGAAAGAGAGACAGGCUUACAAAGCUACACAUAGACUAUUACUGCUGGGUGCAGGAGAAUCAGGUAAAAGCACGAUUGUGAAACAGAUGAGGAUUCUUCACGUCGACGGCUUCAACGAUGAAGAAAAGCAGGAGAAGACUCAGGACAUCAGGAAAAACGUGAAGGACGCCAUCGUGGCCAUCGUGUCAGCCAUGAGUUCGUUGACUCCACCCAUGCCUAUUGGUAACCCUGGCAACCAGUUCAGAGUUGAUUACAUCAACAGCAUCGCACCGCUGUCUGACUUUGAAUACACUGAGGAGUUCUUUGAGCAUACUCAGAAGCUCUGGGAGGAUGAUGGCAUCAGGGCAUGUUUUGAACGCUCCAACGAAUAUCAGCUGAUCGACUGCGCUCAGUAUUUCCUGGACAAGUUGGACUCAGUCAGGAGGACGGACUAUACGCCCACUGACCAGGAUUUGUUGCGCUGCAGAGUUUUGACUUCAGGGAUAUUUGAAACCAGGUUCCAGGUCGACAAGGUCAACUUCCAUAUGUUUGAUGUAGGCGGACAGAGGGAUGAACGCAGGAAGUGGAUUCAGUGCUUCAACGAUGUGACGGCCAUCAUCUUCGUCGCCGCCAGCAGCAGCUACAACAUGGUCAUCAGAGAGGACAACUCCACCAAUCGACUGCGAGAGUCUCUGGACCUCUUCAGGUCCAUCUGGACCAACAGGUUUCUGAAGACCAUAUCCGUGAUCUUGUUCCUGAACAAACAGGACGUCCUUGCUGACAAAAUUCUGGCAGGAAAAUCUAAACUGGAGGAUUAUUUCCCUGAAUACAACAACUACACAGUUCCUGUUGAUGCUGUUGCAGAUGCUGAUGAGGACGCUAGAGUGGCCCGAGCAAAGUUCUUCAUCAGAGAUGAAUUUUUGCGGAUCAGCACGGCGAGCAGCGAUGGGAAACAUCACUGUUAUCCUCACUUCACCUGUGCAGUGGACACUGAGAACAUCCGGCGCGUCUUCAACGACUGUCGUGACAUCAUUCAGCGCAUGCACCUGAGGCAGUACGAGCUGCUCUGAUUGGCUGCUGGGGGAUCACAUGUCUAGAGGCUGAUAUCUUAUCAAUAGCUGAUCAAUGCUUAUAGAUCCUAAUAUAUUUAUAACUUCUAUGAUCACAGACAUUUAAUACACAGCUGUUGACGUUUAUUGAUUAGGACAGACUGGAAGUAUCUGAACCUAUAUUUUGUUUCUGUGCUGAUGUCCGACACAGGGGAUUGUGGGUAGUGUAGUUCUGAUGUUGAAAAGAGCAGAGAUUGUUAUUUACCUGCCGUUGCCACAGCAAGAGCGAGAUUUCAUAAUUAGGGGGCGGGGUUAAAGACAAAUCUAAAUCUAUUUUUUCAUGUUUAUUGUAAUUAACUUUUCUCUGAUUGGCCGUUUCCUUCUCUGAUGCAACUUGUAGAUUUGUACGUGA